CGUUGCUAUGGCAACUUUCAACAAGCCAAGAACCACCGUCGACGGUUAAAAACAAAACUCAGCUUGCUAACGAGCAUAGCUAAAUAAAAGAAGUAUCCUAAAUGCAGAGCUACUGAGAAAACACGAUACUAAAAAAAAAAAAAAAAAAAAAUGACUACCCCUGGAGCAAAAUUGAAGAAACGUACUCUCAUGGUUACGCAUUCUUCCCGAGCUCUAAAUGGCUCCAUAUCAGGGCUACACCAAGUGAACCACAGCUCCAGACACACAGGGAGCAAUGUGAGCCGGAAAGGUCUCAGCAUGGCUGGCGACAGCAGAAGCACCAUUCAAACUCCCAGACAAACAGUCCGGGUGCUGAAUGAGAAUGGCACUGAUGUCACCCCUCAGCCCAUCUCCCACCCAGAGCCAGGGGCCAAACACAACAGGGUCUAUCUUGAUGAGUUCUCAGGGCCAUCAGAUAUCCUCUCCAUGUUAUACCAGCCAACCACCGCCGCAAGCCUCACUGUGCCUUUUUCAAGGUCAGUUUUUUGCAGCAGCAAGAUAUCCAGAUCAAGCCUCUCUACCAUUGAGUCAGUGAAUGAGGAGCGUGUGGAUACAUUCUACAAACAGGACAACUACCCAGCAUCAUACGUGCAGGUGGAAAGAGAAGAAGUGAAAGAACAGGUAACAGAGGACAUGCUGAAUGAGGUGGUAAAUAUCUACCUGACUGAGACAGAGACCAUCACACAUCUGGACAUGCCCGGCAUCUCUGUGUCAGUGGAUGCUGAUGAUGCAGAAGCUAUAAAAGAGAGAAACAAUCGUUAUGCUGAGCUUUGCAAGAACAGAAUGGGCAAUGAUAAGUACAUGGAUCGAUCAAUGCAGGCAUUCAUCGGCGCAUCUAAAAGCAAACAGGUCCAAUGUGACAGCAUCGUCAUGGUAGAUACAGCUUGCGAAGCUACUACUUGGGACAUGUAUGACUCUUUCUACGGUGCUGAGCAGGAUAAAACUGAGCUUACUGCUGAGCCAGAGAAGAGUGGAUAUUCGGAGUCUAUUGUGAAUUCUAGCAGAGGCCCAGAGAAAACCACAUCUUUGCUCAGCACUACCAGCAUAGCAACCAGUGCUUCCAGCUCACAGAGAGAAAUAGAGACUGGGAUGUGUUCAGAUGAUGCAGCAGACCCACGGCUGAUCCUGCAGUCAGAGAAGUUCCAAAAGGUCUUAUUAGUAAUGGAGAGGUGCAUCUUGGCAAAUAUCUUCCAACCCAAGCUGGCUGCCUACAGACAGCUGCCCAUAGUAGAAGACUGCGACAGUGUGGUCACGCCCGAGACAAUGGAGCACAGAGAGGAGGAUGUGGAGAGAUCUCUAAGUCCAACACUGGAGAGUCUCUGGGUCUUCAGCUGUGAGCUCACCAAAGGACGCACCAUCAGCUGCAUGGCCUGGAACAAGAAGAACCCGGAUCUACUAGCAGUGGGUUAUGGUGAGUUUGACUUCAGAGACCAGACGCCGGGUCUGGUAUGCUGCUGGUCCCUCAAAAAUCCUACGUGGCCUGAACGUGUCUACCACUGUAACACAGGUGUGACCUCUCUGGACUUCUCAGCCAAGCACCCUUAUCGACUGGCUGUGGGGAUGACUGAUGGCACCAUAGCUAUCUACUAUGUCUACAGUCAGGACAAGACUUGUGCCGUCAGUAGUAGUAAGUGCUCCAAAAAGCACUACAGUUCAACAUGGCAGGUCAAGUGGGCUGAACAAGACAUGGGCCUGUCAGGGGACGACAAGGAAGAAGCUCUCAUGUCUAUAUCUGCAGAUGGCCGGAUAAGCAAAUGGUUUCUGCAUGAUGAUCUCGACUGCGUAGAACUGAUGAGACUGAAGAGGAUGCAGGAAGAAAAAGAUGAGAUGGAAACUGAAGUGAAGGACAAGAAGAAGAAAGGAGAAAUCCUCAGGAGUCUGAAUGCUGGUUUCUGUUUUGACUUCCAUCCAGUGGAUUCCAGCAUCUACUUGGCUGGCAGCAUCGAUGGUACCAUCUACAAGUGCUCCAGUUCCAACAGUCAGCAAUUUCUGGAGACUUACAGUCAACAUUUUGGUCCUGUGACCCGGAUCAAAUGGUGUCCAUUCAACCCUAAUGUGUUCCUGAGUUGCUCCUUGGAUUGGACCAUCAAGCUGUGGAUACAGGACCAGCUCACCCCAUUAUUAUGCCUCACCUCCACACAGAAGCAGGUACACGACAUCAUGUGGUCCCCAAAGUGGGCUACAGUGUUUGGAGCCAUCAACGAGGGGCAGAUGAAGAUCUGGAACCUGGAUUAUAGCACCCUGGACCCCGUCAUUGUGCACAUGGCUGCCCCUGGGGUGAAGAUGACCUCCCUGCUGUUUGCCUUGCAGACAGACUGUGUCUUGGUAGGAGACAACAGCGGACAAGUUACUGUCUACCAGAUCAAGAACUUCACUGUGGGAGAGGGCAACCAGGUGGAUACUUUGGAAAGCAUCAUUAGCUCUGCUGUUGCCAGACUUUAAGGCAAACACAUAUGCACGCACAUCAAUGUAUACCCAAGCCAUUUAGGUUUCAUCCACUUAUCCAAUGAACAGUGCUGUAAUCUUUAGUUCCCAGAGAACUGGGCGACUGAAUGUCUCCCUGUAAGACCAGCAAUCACAUUACAGAAGAUUUUAUCUUCAAAUACCAUAUUUUCCUGUUGUUGUUUUAAAUUUGAAGAUAUAAAGUUAUAACCUCUACUGUUAUCAAGAGGUACUGGUACAGUUCCUGUAGUCUAAAAACUACAAUUUCUGUGUCAUGUGAUUAGACUUUACCGGUAUCAGCCAGGCCUUUAAUUUGAGGGCCGCUAUACGUUUUUGUUAUGCUGGUACUAACCAGACAAUAUCAUAGAAACAGUAUGAGAAAGUAAUUUCAGGGUCCUCAGGCAGAGUUGUUGUUGAAACAUUUGAAAACUGGAUGAAAUGUAGAAAGUAUGCAAAAAAUGUUGCAUUACUAAAUAUUUUAAAUAUUUUAAACAGUGUUCUUCAGGCCCAGGCAUUUAACAUGUUGUGACAUAAACAGAUGUGCAAAUAAUCCUCAGCAUACAGUGCUAUGACCUAUAAAUCAAUGGUUCACAAGGUCCACAUUUGUCCUCAGUCAUUAAGUCACAGUCCACACAUGGACCAACUCAACAGCCAAUCCGUUUU